AUGGUCAUACACCCGCAGACGGGACGUCCACUCACCAACCCGGACGGGUCGAUAUACCAGUUUGAUCCGGCCAACCCGCCCGUGUUGUACGACCCGGGCAUCGAACAGGAUGACCAGCAGAAAAUGGAUUCAAGCAACGAGAAGCGUCGCGGUAGAUUGGAAAAACAACAUUCAUUUAUUGAUAACGAUUGCGAUUGCCAGCCGAGCGAGGAAUGUCGCGGGAAAUGUUGUUGCGAGUGUCGCAGGCAAGACGCGAGUCACGGAAACACUGCUGGAGAUAAGGAACCGAUCCCCAAACCAGCAACACCAAUAGAAACGAACACACAAAUAAGCACAAAAACACAAGAAACACAACACGAACCGACCAAUCAGCAACCAGAAACAUACGAGCCAGCCAAUCAGCAGCCAGUAUUCGAACCAACCAAUCACAAAGUUUAUGAACCGCCACGAACGUUUGAACCGGCCAAUCAGAACGCUCAUAGCAAUGUGUUGAAUAAUCGACCUGUGAAAUUGACCAAUGAGGGACAUGAAAUGCAAUAUGCGCAGUAUCAAGGGUAUAGGACUGAUGAGCUAACAUCCCCGCAAAUGGGCAACCACUACGUGUCCCACGAGGUCAACAUGCAAGUGAUGCAACACAAGAUGCAACCCAUGCCGCUACACGACCCUAAUAUGCGAGCGAUGCCGCUAUCCAAUAUGAGCAACAUGGUGUACCAGGCGCCGAUGCCCCAACCGUACCCGUACCCGUGCAGGGUGGAGCCGUCUCUGCAGAUGUACCCGCCAGUACUCCCGCCAGAGGAUCAGAAACUCGCGCCCUCACCGCAUACCAACGAAACUGCUUUCAGAAUUGACCCGAGCUAUCCGUACGCGGCAGUGGACUACACGGGGUGCGGCGCUUGUGUCGAUACAUCCAUGCAACGGAGUUACAGCGUCCCGUACGGGCAGAUGGAGGUCCCGGCGCUGCCCCCGCACUACCCGGCCCUCGGGAACGUCAUCCUGCCGCAGCCACAUCUACAACCAUACCCGCAAUACCAAGAGCAAGUGGGGUGGCAGGUCCCCCCCGGGGGGGGCGUGCCCCCGGGUGCGCCCCCCAAGGUGUGCGUGCCGGAGCUGUACCCGCUGCAGUGCGUGCAGUACCCGCCGCACUCAUACCCGCACUACAACAUACUCUACCCACAGGUGAUCCAACAGCCUUACCCGAUAUGCCAACCAAUGUACCCGGUUAUAGAGAAACAACCUGAGCAACGCAACUCCAAACACAACUCUAUGCACAACUCAAUAUCAAACUCAGCCUGCCAGACGCCGUUCCAGGACGAAAAACUAGCAGAAGAUGAGAAAAAAUCUAGACAAAAUUCCGAAAUUGCAGCCAAAAUACAGCAAAUCAAGACUCAAAUGGCCCAAUUAAAUACUAAAGACGGAAAGGAAAGGGAUUAUAGGAAACGCGAGGAUUAUCGCCGAAGGAAUAACGGGAACGGACUGUUGGGCAACUGUCCCGUUAGUAAUUAUAAUGGACGGGUUUUUGGACGCGGUGGUACUGAUGAUAGACACCUGAGCUCGGCGGCGCGCGCCAUCGUCGAUUCAAUCCGGAGUAUGCAAGCCAAAAAUACAUAUCACCAAGACAAUCGUCGCGACUACCAACGCUUCGAGCACAAACAAGAGAGGCCGGAGUUCCGGCGUCGUGACAGAGAGGACAAUAAGAGCGUGGACAAGGACAGGCCCGGCGACGGACCGGUGGGGGAGCGAUACGACGCUAGGAAUAGGGGACUCAACGUCAACGUGCCUGUUUAUAGACAGCCUUAUUUAUUCAGACAGAUGACACCCGGGACGUGGUGUCGACGUUCACCUGGAGCAGUACAUCCAGUGCUGAAUCCACAGCGGCGACCACACCCGGACACGCGGAACCCACGUCGUUAA